AAAAGUGACAACAGUAUGCUGAAGCGAAAGCAGAGCUCAAGGGUAGAGGCCCAGCCAGUCACCGACUUUGGGCCUGAUGAAUCCCUGUCAGAUAAUGCUGAUAUCCUGUGGAUCAACAAACCAUGGGUACACUCCUUGUUGCGAAUCUGUGCGAUCAUCAGUGUCAUUUCAGUUUGUAUGAAUACACCAAAGACAUUUGAACAUUACCCACCUCUUCAGUAUGUUACAUUUGCACUUGAUACCUUACUCAUGUUUCUCUACACUGCCGAAAUGAUUGCAAAAAUGCACAUACGAGGAAUUGUCAAGGGUGACACAUCUUAUGUAAAGGAUCGUUGGUGCGUUUUUGAUGGAUUCAUGGUCUUUUGUCUUUGGGUCUCAUUGGUUUUACAGGUAUUUGAAAUCGCAGACGUAGUUGAUCAAAUGUCUCCUUGGGGAAUGUUACGGAUCCCACGUCCUAUGAUAAUGAUUCGAGCUUUCCGAAUUUAUUUCCGAUUUGAGCUUCCAAGAACAAGGAUAACAAAUAUUUUAAAGCGUUCAGGAGAACAAAUAUGGAGUGUUUCAAUAUUUUUAUUAUUUUUCCUACUUUUAUAUGGGAUCCUUGGAGUCCAGAUGUUUGGAACAUUUACUUAUCACUGUGUUACAAAUGACACACAGUCUGGAAAUGUAACAUGGAAUAAUUUAGCCAUUCCAGAUACCCACUGUUCUCCAGAUGGGGAAGGAUAUCAGUGCCCUAGGGGCUUUAAGUGCAUGGACUUAGAAAAUCUUGGACUGACCAGACAGGAACUUGGCUACAGUGGCUUUAAUGAGAUUGGCACCAGCAUAUUUACUGUUUAUGAAGCUGCUUCUCAAGAAGGCUGGGUUUUCCUUAUGUAUAGAGCCAUUGACAGUUUCCCCAGAUGGCGCUCCUAUUUCUAUUUCAUCACUUUAAUCUUCUUUCUCGCCUGGCUGGUUAAGAAUGUCUUUAUAGCUGUGAUUAUUGAAACAUUUGCUGAAAUUAGAGUGCAGUUUCAACAGAUGUGGGGUUCCAGAAGCAGCACUACCUCAACCGCCACUACACAGAUGUUUCAUGAAGAUUCUGCUGGAGGCUGGCAACUAGUUGCUGUGGAUGUGAACAAGCCCCAAGGCAGAGCACCAGCUUGUCUUCAGAAAAUGAUGAGAUCCUCUAUUUUUCACAUGUUCAUUCUGAGUAUGGUUGCUGUGGAUGUCAUUGUUGCUGCCAGUAAUUACUACAAAGGAGAAAACUUUAAAAGACAUUACGAUGAGUUCUAUCUGGCUGAGGUUGCUUUCACUGUCCUGUUUGAUUUGGAGGCUCUGCUUAAGAUCUGGGGCUUGGGUUUUACAGGCUACAUCAGUUCAUCUCUGCAUAAAUUUGAGCUGCUCCUUGUUGUUGGAACCACCCUUCAUAUUUACCCUGAUCUUUACCACUCACAGUUUACUUACUUUCAGGUUCUACGGGUAGUUCGACUGAUCAAAAUAUCACCUGCCCUUGAAGAUUUUGUGUAUAAAAUAUUUGGACCUGGUAAAAAGCUAGGAAGCCUUGUCGUGUUCACUGCCAGUCUUUUAAUUGUGAUGUCUGCAAUCAGUUUACAAAUGUUUUGCUUUGUGGAAGAAUUGGAUCGAUUUACAACAUUCCCACGGGCAUUUAUGUCAAUGUUUCAAAUUCUGACACAGGAAGGAUGGGUGGAUGUCAUGGAUCAAACUCUCAUUGCUGUUGGACAUAUGUGGGCACCAGUGGUUGCAAUUUACUUUAUCCUGUAUCACCUCUUUGCUACUCUGAUCCUACUCAGCUUGUUUGUUGCAGUAAUCCUGGACAACCUUGAGCUUGAUGAAGAUUUGAAAAAGCUUAAACAGCUAAAACAAAGUGAAGCAAAUGCUGACACCAAAGAGAAAUUACCCUUAAGACUCAGAAUCUUUGAAAAAUUUCCAAAUAGGCCACAAAUGGUAAAGAUUUCCAAGCUUCCUUCAGAUUUCACAGUGCCCAAGAUAAGGGAAAGUUUCAUGAAACAGUUUAUUGAUCGUCAGCAGCAGGAUACAAGUUGCUUACUACGAAGACUUCCAUCGGCCUCCUCUUCUUCCUGCGACCAUUCCAAAAGAUCUGGAAUUGAGGAAAACAAGUACAUUGACCAAAAGCUUCGGAAAUCAGUUUUCAGUAUCAGAGCAAGAAACCUUCUGGAAAAGGAAACAGCAGUGAAUAAAAUUCUAAGAGCAUGCACAAGACAGCGCAUGCUGAGUGGAUCCUUUGAUGGACAGCCUGCAAAAGAGAGGUCAAUUCUUAGUGUGCAGCAUCACAUAAGGCAAGAACGAAGAUCACUAAGACAUGGAUCAAACAGCCAGAGGAUCAGCAGAGGGAAAUCACUUGAAACACUCACUCAGGAUCAUUCUAGUACAGUGAGAUACAGAAAUGCACAGAGGGAGGACAGCGAAAUCAAAAUGAUUCAGGAGAAAAAGGAACAAGCAGAAAUGAAAAGGAAAGUACAAGAAGAAGAACUGCGAGAAAAUCACCCAUACUUCGAUAAGCCCCUUUUCAUUGUAGGCCGUGAGCACAGAUUUCGAAAUUUCUGCAGAGUGAUUGUUCGAGCACGAUUUAAUGCUUCGAAAACAGAUCCCAUUACAGGAGCAGUGAAGAGCACCAAAUAUCACCAACUGUAUGACUUGCUUGGCUUGGUGACCUAUCUUGAUUGGGUUAUGAUCGUUGUUACUAUAUGUUCUUGCAUAUCUAUGAUGUUUGAAUCCCCAUUCAGAAGAAUAAUGCACACACCCACUUUACAGAUUGCAGAGUAUGUUUUUGUGAUAUUCAUGAGCAUUGAAUUAAAUCUGAAGAUUAUGGCAGAUGGCUUGUUUUUUACACCCACGGCUGUCAUAAGAGAUUUUGGAGGAGUGAUGGACAUAUUUAUAUAUCUUGUCAGUUUAAUUUUCUUGUGCUGGAUGCCUCAAAGUGUUCCUGCCAAAUCUGGAGUUCAGCUUUUAAUGGUAUUGCGCUGUUUAAGACCACUACGAAUAUUCAAGCUGGUGCCUCAGAUGAGGAAAGUUGUGCGUGAGCUUUUUAGUGGAUUCAAGGAAAUAUUUCUGGUAUCUAUUCUUCUGCUGACACUAAUGUUAGUAUUUGCCAGCUUCGGUGUUCAGUUGUUUGCUGGGAAGCUGGCGAAGUGCAAUGAUCCACAUAUUCACAGGAGGGAAGAUUGCCAUGGAAUAUUUCGGAUAAAUGUUAGUGUUUCAAAAAAUUUAAAUUUGAAGCUUAAACCAGAAGAAAAAAAGCCAGGGUUUUGGGUUCCAAGGGUCUGGGCAAAUCCACGCAAUUUCAAUUUUGACAAUGUUGGAAAUGCUAUGCUUGCACUGUUUGAAGUAUUGUCGCUGAAAGGCUGGGUAGAAGUCAGAGAUGUUAUCAUACAUCGUGUCGGACCAAUCCAUGGAAUUUAUAUUCACGUAUUUGUGUUUCUUGGCUGUAUGAUAGGACUGACCCUUUUUGUCGGUGUGGUGAUAGCAAACUUUAAUGAAAAUAAGGGUACAGCUUUGCUGACAGUAGAUCAAAGAAGAUGGGAAGAUUUGAAAAGCAGACUCAAGAUAGCCCAACCACUUCAUCUCCCACCUCGCCCAGAUAAUGAUGGAUUUAGAGCACGAAUGUACGAUAUAACUCAACAUCCAUUCUUCAAGAGGACCAUUGCUGUCCUUGUAUUGGCACAAUCUGUGUUGUUAUCCGUCAAGUGGGAUGUGAAUGAGCCAGUUACUGUUCCUCUAGCAACUAUGUCAGUAGUCUUCACGUUCAUUUUUGUUCUGGAGGUAACCAUGAAGAUAACAGCUAUGUCACCAGCUGGAUUUUGGCAAAGUAGAAGAAAUCGAUAUGAUCUCCUUGUAACUUCACUUGGGGUUAUCUGGGUGGUACUCCAUUUUGCCCUUCUGAAUGAAUACACUUACAUGAUGGGCGCAUGCAUAAUAGUCUUUAGAUUUUUCUCCAUUUGUGGAAAACAUGUUACCCUGAAGAUGCUAUUACUGACUGUUGUAGUCAGCAUGUACAAAAGUUUCUUCAUUAUAGUGGGCAUGUUCCUUCUGCUGCUUUGCUAUGCGUUUGCAGGAGUUGUUCUAUUUGGCACUGUGAAAUAUGGUGAAAACAUUAACAGACAUGCAAACUUCUCCACAGCAGGAAAAGCUAUAACUGUACUCUUCAGAAUAGUAACAGGAGAAGACUGGAAUAAAAUAAUGCACGACUGCAUGGUACAGCCCCCUUUUUGCACUCCAGAUCACAGCAGAUACUGGGAAACUGAUUGCGGAAAUUAUGCAGGAGCGCUUAUGUAUUUUUGCUCCUUCUAUGUCAUCAUUGCUUAUAUAAUGUUAAAUUUACUUGUUGCCAUAAUUGUGGAAAAUUUCUCCCUUUUUUACUCAACUGAAGAAGACCAGUUAUUAAGUCCUAAUGAUCUGCGCCAUUAUCAGAUUAUAUGGAAUAUGGUUGAUGAUAAAAGAGAGGGUGUUAUCCCAACUUUCCGUGUGAAGUUUCUUCUGAGAUUGCUGCGUGGAAGAUUGGAGGUAGAUUUGGACAAGGAUAAGCUUUUAUUUAAGCACAUGUGUUACGAAAUGGAGAGACUGCACAGUGGAGGAGAUGUGACUUUCCAUGAUGUACUGAGUAUGCUUUCAUACAGAUCUGUGGAUAUCCGUAAAAGCCUACAGCUAGAAGAACUGCUAGCAAGAGAACAACUAGAAUACACAAUAGAGGAAGAAGUAGCUAAACAGACAAUAAGGAUGUGGCUGAAAAAAUGUUUGAAACGUAUUAGAGCUAAACAACAGCAAUCCUGCAGCAUAAUUCACAGCCUCCGAGAGAGCCAACAGCAAGAAUUGAGUAGGUUUUUGAACCCUCCUAGUAUUGAAACAACACAGCCAAGUGAUGAUAUGCAUCUAAGUAACCAGGAUAAUGCCCAGCCAGAGACAAGCAGUCAACAGCAACUCCUUAGCCCAACGCUUUCUGACAGAGGUGGAUAUCGACAAGAUUCCCUUGAAGCUGGUAAACCACAGAGAAAAUUUGGUCAAUGGCGUCUGCCAUCAGCUCCAAAACCUAUAAGUCAUUCUGUAUCAUCUGUUAAUCUGAAAUGUGGUGGUCGCACAACCAUGAAGUCUGUAGUGUGCAAGAUGAAUGCGAUGUCAGAUUCAGCAUCUUGUGGCUCUGAAGUCAAGAAAUGGUGGACGCGUCAACUAACUGUAGAAAGUGAUGAAAGUGGGGAUGAUCUUCUAGACAUGUGAAAAAGUGAAAUCAGGAUGGCAGUAUAUUAAUGGAGAAUACCAACAGGUUUAAAAUGACACGUUUCAUGUUAUUUUGAACUCGAUUUGUCAUGUAACACUAGCACAACAUUAGGGGCCAAAAUUAACUGUUGUACUUGACACAGUAUUUCAAAUGCCAAAUAUUUAAUGUAACACAUACACGGUAUGUUGUCUAAUUAAUU